AUUACAAGCAAACGGUCGUUUUGAGCUAAAUAAGUUAAAACAAUUAAAAAAUGAGUUCCAAAAAGAAUAUAACUCCACCAAACAAUUCAGCCGAUAAGGAAACGGAUCGCAAAAUCCCCGAAGAGUCUCUAUCAAUCACUAACCAUCCGGGGGCCACAUCAACGCCAACUUAUAUGACACGCAAACGGCAGAGGCUUUUAUCUCUCCAGAUGGAUUCUGCAUUGUCAUUGUCAUUGGUGGAUCGAGUUCCACAAACAUUCGAGGAUAUUCGUGGACGAAAGGGUAUUCGUGAUGCCAGUUCUCCAAAAACUGGUAAACUCCCAAGGACUAAAGCCCGGAAUAUACCGAAAACACCAGCGCGUGUUUCCCCAAGUAUAAAUCAUGGUAGGAAUUCUGCUAAGCCAAAGACCCCAGCUAAAAAGAAGACUACGGAGAAAACUCCUGCGAAGACGCCCACAGACACGCCGAAAAUAUCGCCAAAAAAUACGCGACAAAUAUCGCCGAACAAGUCGCCAAAAACUUUCUCGAUGAUGCAAAAUGUUCCAGCAAAAAAAUCACCAAUAAAAUCAUUAAUAAAGAAGCCGAAAACGCCAGCAGUGAAAUCACCAAUUGAACCCAUUAUAUUACCAACAGAGUCCCAAUUGAAAUCUCCGAUAAAGUUAUCAAUUUCGCCAACGAAAUCAUCAAUGAUGUCAACGAUUUUGACAAAGCAGUCGGUGAAGUCCGAAAAGAAUUCCCCUGAAGCCCAUUUCUCUGGAGAAGUAACCAAUAAGGAAAAUGCCGCUGAAGAAGAUAUUUCGGAGCCACCUUCAAAACAGCCUCGUCUACAUAUUUUGCAAGUCAAUUUGGGGUCCCCAUUCGCAAUGACGCACAGCAAAAAACUGAAAGUAAUUGCAGUAGAUUCCAAUGAUGAAAAUCAGGAAGCAAAAGAAGCACCUCCUGACAAUUUAAGCGAAAUCAACACAAGUGAGGAAAUGAAGUCCUUCGAAAUCAAAAAUUCUUUUAAAAAUGAGAUAGAAAAAUCGGACAAAAAUUGUUUUAUUUCGUAAGGUUAUCAAAGCUUUACUAAAAAUAAAUAUGAUUUGAAGCG